UGAAAUAAAAACGUUAUGUUAACGGUAAAAAAAUAUUACGUGCCGAAACCGUGGUCGCGCAUUAAUAAUGUUAAUAGUCACUUGUUUGUUUUCUCUUUCAGCCGUUUGUCUGCAAUCUGCACUCUUUACGCCAUAUUGCAGUGUGUUUUAAUAUAUUACUGACCGUGAAAUAACGUACAGUUUGUGUUUCAGGAUUUUGUGUUAAUAUUGUGUAUUUUAACUUUGUUAUAUUAUUUAUUAUCUACUAUUGUAAUGAUGGAAUUUGUUAUCGUUUUGAUAUUUUGUGUGGUUCUUGUGAUUGCUGUAAUGGUAAUUGGUUCCGGGAUGGGGAAAGCUACUUCGUCGCAGCGUCAGAUGGACAUCAUUAACGUCGCUCAGAACUUAUAUGUUUUAAUUAGAAAAGGCGACUUGAAGAAAUGUGACGUUACGCAGACGACCGCGUUUCUUCUCAACAUCGCAAAGUCAACUGUUCUCAAGUACUACAAGAAAGACAUUGAAGAAGUUUCAACACCAGGAAAAAAGAGGAAAAAAAGGCCACAGGAAGGAAAGUCACUUGACACAGUCGACGAUUUCACAGUAAAUGCAAUCAGGAAUGCAAUUUACAGGAUGUACGCUGAAGGUUUGAAUGUUACAGUCGACACCAUUUUGAAAGAAAUCAGGGAAAGACAAAUAGAUUAUUAUGGUGGAAGAUCAAGUCUUCAUAAAUUGUUAAAGAAGAUGGGAUUUUCAUGGACAACUGUUGAUGGACGAAAAGCUUUGAUAGAGAAUGAAAACAUAGUAUUGCAGCGAAUAGAUUUCUUGAGAAAGUAUAAAGAAGAAAAAGAAAGAGGUGCCAAUUUCAUAUUUGUUGAUGAAACAUGGAUUUUCCAGAGAGGCAAGGCAUUAAUUUAUUUGAAAAUUUGUUCUGUGGUCCAAUACAAAGUAUUUCAUUUCCAUUUCAUAUAUUUUUCAGGAACUGUAUCAAAGUCAUGGCAGGACAAGAGUCUACAAUCUGCGAAGAGACGUACUGUUGGAGAUGGUAAAAGGUUUAUUGUUGUUAAUGCUGGAGGGCGCACUGGCUUUGUGCCAGGAGCAGGAUUACUUUUUGUUUCAGGUCAGAAGACUGCAGACUACCAUGGCGAGAUGAAUGGGGAAACUUUCUUGAUGUGGUUUGAAGACAUGUUGGUGCAUCUUGAGGAACCCAGUGUCAUCAUAAUGGACAAUGCUUCAUAUCACAGCACCCAGGUUGAGAAAACACCUACAACGAACUGGACCAAGGCUGCACUGAUCGCGUGGCUGGAGAAGAAUGGGAUAAAACAUGAAAAUAAUUUGUUGAAAGUGGAGCUGCUGAGAAUAGCUAAACAAAACAAGCCCCGAAUACGAUAUGAGGUAGACGAGUUGGCUCGUAACUAUGGCCACGAAAUUCUACGACUCCCACCCUAUCACUGCCACUAUAAUGCAAUCGAACUAGUUUGGGCUCAAUGUAAACACCAUUACAAUAGUAACGUGGGGCGGGCCAAGAGAUUUGACAAUGAUGCAGUUGCAGCCAUCUGGAAAGAGGCUCUUGAUGCUUCCACACCAGAGAGAUGGGCGAGGUGUGUGGAUCACGUGGAGAAGCUAAUUCAAGCAGACUGGGAGAGAGAAGUCCACAUAGACAGCGGCACCAUUCCUCCACUCAUCAUCCACCUCGGCGAGGAUAGUUCAAGUGAAGACAGUGACAGCGAAGAAUUUGAGGUUACGACACAGCAAGUAGAUGGAGACAGUGAAGUACUGGCAGUUCCUCUUGAUGAUUUACCCGGGUGUUCUUAUUGAGGUCUGUAUGUAAUAAACACCUGGGCAACUGUAAGUAUUGGGGUUUGAAACAUUUUUUUUUCUUUUAUGCAUUCCCAUUAAGUAUGUUGAUUACUGGAACUUUAUGUAUUAACUUUAUAUUACACGUAUUAUGAAAUUAAUAAUAAAUUUCAUUUCUGGAUUCGUAUAGGUGUAUGUGAAACAUUUUAUUUUGUUGUGUGUCUUCAUUUUUCAGUGAACUUACUUGGAAAACAAAAAGCCAGUCCCCAUCCAGGGCCACAAAUAAAUAAUGCAUAUAAGUGGUAUAGAAAUUACUGUCAAUUCUUCACCACAAUUUUACUGUUCAUAAAAUUAUGAUUUUGUCUAAUAAGUAUACUCAGGAAAAUGUAUAUAACCAUAUUUUUAUUUGUGGCCUUAACCGGCAAAAUGGUAGGGGUUUAUUAAAUAAAAGAAGAAAA